CUCGUUGGACAGGAUUUGAAGUGCUUCACUUUAUCAAGGAGUCAUGGUGGCAUCUUGGAGGAGGAGAAUUGUGCUUUCAGCACCCACUCAAAGGGAUAUCGUGUUCAGGUCACAGGCUGUGAGGAAUGUCAUAGCUUUUGCCUGGUAGCUGGGAGCAAUCCUGAGGAUGGCUGUGUGAGGUGCGAGCAGGUUGAUGACCUGCUAAGCCGGGUGGUGCAGCUCCAGGAUGAAGUGCUGGAGCUCAGAGAGGAGGUGAGUAGGUUAAGAAUAAUUAGGGAAAGGGAGAGGGAAAUUGACAGCUUCCAUAAUCUGGUUGUGGCAGAGCUGAAAGAAGAAGUGGAGAGGUUAAAGGGGAUCAGGGAAUGUGAAGAAUUAGGGGACAGGGGGCAAUGGCACAAGGUCCCUGUUCCGCGUGGCAAGCGCAACUGCCUGGCAAUUCCUCCGCCCCCCCAGGUGUCCUUGCAUAACAGGUACAGUGCUCUGCAAGGGGAACUGGAAAACAGUGGGGAUAUUGGUUCUCCCUGCUUGGAGGUGUCACCAAAGCCUAGUCAGACUGCUGUCGGCAUUAAAACCUCAUCAGUAAGGAAUAAAAGACGGGUCAUUGUCAUUGGUGACUCAGUGCUUAAGGGAACAGAAGGCUCGAUAUGCAGACCGGACCCGCUGCACAGGGAGGUCUGUUGCUUCCCAGGGGUCAGAGUUGAAGAUGUCAGGAAGAAGCUUCCUUCCCUAGUUGUUUUGCUUUACCUCAUUCUUCCUUCUCUUUCUCUGCCUUGUAGCAUGCACUUAAUUCAGGUGGACUCUGUUCAGCGAUGGAUGGAAGAUUUGAAGUUGAUGACAGACUGUGAAUGUAUGUGUAUUCUCCAGUCCAAGCCAAUCAGCAUUGAGAAGGAUGAACAAAGUGAACUUAUCCUUUCCUCACAAUAUAGUGCGUGUGAUAAUUUGCAGCUGCUAUUAAAAAGAGCUUGGAUCAUAAGCACAGAGUUGACCAAGAUUGCUCAAAAGCUGGAGAAGAACAGAUGGCAGAGAGUCCACAGCAUGACAGUAAGAGUCAACUGCCACGUGCGUUCAAUGAUAAAUGAAUACAAUACGUUCACCAGGAAUUCCUCAGAAGAAACGCAUCAGUUUGAAAAACUUUUAAUAGACAAGUGUUCAGAAUUUACAGCAUUCACAGAAAGGUGUGUACAAACUGAAGAUGAAGAGAUACUGAAGUCCAUGAAAUCCUGUGUUAAUGAAACGCUCACUACCAUUGCUCAGUAUUUUGGCCAGCUGAUAGAGCUGGUUUUAACACAUGAGGCACAGAACCUGCUGAGACAAAUAGAAUUGUCGGAUAGUGUGUGCAUCACUGAGUCAGCAAUUAGUAGUUUAUUCAGCCUUACCCAGGAAGGUGCUCAUCUGUGCCGUAUCAUAGCUAAGGAAGGAGGUGUAGUUGCUCUCUUUAAGAUCUGUCGCCAGGAUUCUUUCAGGUGCCUUUAUCCCCAGACGCUGAGAACAUUGGCAUCCAUUUGCUGUGUAGAGGAAGGGAUGCAUCAGCUGGAAAAG